ACGUGAUAUAAUUGAAAAUAUUGGAUAAGAUUUAUUUUAGUAUAUAAUUACUAAAUCUAAUUAUUAAGUGGCUAACAGUUUUGAUAAAUUAAUUCAAAAUGAAGCUUCUGUUAUUGCUUUUGAUUGCACUUCUAAUUGAAGUUGAUGGUUUGAAGAAUGGAUAUGUCUUGCAUAAAAAUUCAAACUGUAAAUACUCGUGCAAUAUAACGGAUAAAUGGGGCUAUUGCUCUCCUCUUUGUCAGAAGAAACAUGGAAAAACUGGAUAUUGCUAUUUUUUUGCUUGUUGGUGUGAAGGUCUUCCUAGUGAUACACCUGUUUAUGGUGAUGAAGGUUAUACGUGCUGGUAACGUUAAUGAAUUAUUGCGAUCAUAAUAUUGAUUUAAAAAAUAUUGUUGAAAUUAAAUCUCCAAAAUAUAAUAUCCAUGUCAAUAAUAAUUUCCGUUUUUAUUCACUCAUCAUUUUAAGAAAAUAAAACAAAAAUUGU